AUGUUUAUCAAUGCACCAUCAUCCUUCUGUCUCCUCCUCUUAUUGGUUUUCCUUUUGGCCAUGUCCAUUGCUGCUCCUUCUUCUUCUUCUUCUUCAUUCAGAGUAGCUGCUUCCCCUUCCAUUAAUAAUUAUGAUUUUGAUCAUCAACGAGAAGCAAUGGAGGCUCUCUUUCAAUGGAAGUCCAGUCUUAUUCUUUUUCGUUAUAACAAUUCUCGUCCACUACUCCUUUUAUGGACGACGACACAGAUGAUGGCAAACGGAAGCAGCAACAGCAACAACAACCCAUGCAAGUGGGAGGGAAUUACUUGCAAUGAGGCAACUGGAGUCAUCACCAUAAUAAACCUCUCCCGCAUGGAUUUGAAAGGUACGCUCCAUGACUUUAACUUCUCAUCCUUCCCUAACCUCCUCCGUCUUGAUCUCCAUAAAAACUCACUUUUUGGUCCCAUCCCUCCCACCAUUGCCAACCUUUCUCAACUCACCCAUCUCCAUCUCUGCAUCAAUCACUUUUCCGGGAACAUCCCAUCACAGAUUUCACUACUGAUGAUGACUCUCAGUGAGCUUGAUUUGCACAACAACAAUCUCACCGGCUCAAUCCCUGCAGUUUUAGGUGCUAUGAAGAAUCUGAAAAUUCUACAUCUCGGUGAAAAUCAACUUUCUGGUCCUAUUCCCCUUGGAAUAUUUGGGAAUCUUAGUAGCCUCACUAUGCUGAAUGUGUCUACCAAUUACUUCCUAAAUGGUUCGAUUCCUUCCACCAUUGGAAAUUUGAGCAAACUAAACACCUUAGACCUCUCUUUCAAUACUCUCUCUGGUUCCAUUCCAAUGGAAAUCGGAAACAUGACCAAUCUUCAUGAGCUACCAUUGAAGCAUAACUUUCUGACAGGUUCUAUCCCACCAGAAAUUGGAAACUUGAAAUCUCUUACUCAUCUUUAUUUAGAGAGAAAUAUUCUCACUGGUUCAAUACCUGCUUCUUUUGGAGAUUUGAGGAAGCUGAACUUCAUGUACCUUAAUUCAAAUUCACUCUCUGGUUCCAUUCCUAUGGAGAUUGGAAACAUGACCAAUCUUUAUACGCUAGAUAUGUGGAAUAAUCAUUUGACAGGUUCUAUCCCUCCAGAAAUUGGAAACUUGAGAUCUCUUACUAAACUUACUUUGAUGGAAAAUAUUCUCAUUGGUUCAGUUCCUGCUUCUUUUGGAAACAUGAAAUCUCUUGAAGUACUUUCUUUGAGAAACAAUAGUCUCAUUGGCUCACUUCCUCAUUCUCUUGGAAAUUUGACCAAUCUAGUUGUUCUCAUCUUUUCUAAAAACCAAUUGUCGGGUCGAAUACCUCAGGCAAUCAGCAAUUUUACAAAAUUGCAAAGCUUGCAGUUUGGAAAUAAUCAUUUUAAUGGGUAUUUACCACACCUUAUAUGCAAUACUGCGUCACUCUUAAGAUUUGGUGGACAUUAUAACCAUUUCAUAGGCCCGAUACCCAAAAGCAUGAGAAACUGCACCGGCCUAGUAAGAGUCCGGCUUGUAAAUAACCAUCUCACGGGAAACAUAUCAGAAAUAUUUGGUGUUUACCCAAAUCUAACCUACAUCGAUCUGAGCUUCAAUCAAUUGUCUGAUGAGGUUUCACAAAAUUGGGGGAAAUGCCUACAAUUGUUAAACCUAAAAAUCUCAGGAAACAAAAUUUUCGGUCGAAUACCACCUGAGCUUGGAGACUCACUUCAAUUGCAAGGACUUGAGCUUUCUUCGAAUCUUCUUGUAGGCCAGAUUCCAAGAGAAAUGGGGAGGCUUAGCUCUUUGGUGACACUAAAUUUGAAUGACAACCAACUCUCUGGCACCAUACCUAAGGAAUUGGGAUUGUUCUGCAAACUUCAGCUACUUGACCUCUCAAUGAACAACCUAGGGGGGUCUGUUCCAAAUCAACUAGGGAAAUGCACGAAUCUUAUUUACUUAAAUUUGAGUAAGAAUAGAUUCAACGGAAGCAUUCCAGUUGAAAUUGGUAAUUUAGUUUCCCUACAGGUGCAACUAGACCUUAGUGGUAACCUUUUCACUGGAGAGAUCCCUCUGCAACUUGGAAGGUUAGACAAGCUAACAAAUUUGAAUCUCUCUCAUAACAAGUUGUUCGGUUCAUUUCCAUAUACUUUCGUUGCAAUGAUCAGUUUGAUAACCGUUGAUGUAUCCUACAAUGAGUUAGAGGGUCCUCUACCUGAUAAUCGAGCCUUUCGAAAUGCUCCAGUGGAAGCUUUCAUUCACAAUAAAGGUUUGUGCGGCAAUGCCACAGGUUUGGGACCUUGCAAUAUUUCUAAGCUAUCCCCAAAAGAGAGCCACAAAGCCAUCCUUCUUAUGAUCAUAGUAGUACUGCUGUUUCUUCUAUUUGCAUUUCUUGGGACAUUUUUGUUUUUCCGUUGCCGGAGGAAGAGAUGCAUAGAAGACGAGAAUCGAAAUACAGACCAACAACCACGUAGAGAAAAUAUGUGUACAAUAUCGAACUAUGAUGGGAGGAUAGCAUACCAAGACAUCAUUGAAGCUACUGAGCAGUUCGACCCAAAAUAUUGCAUUGGCAUGGGAAGACAUGCAAGUGUUUAUAAAGCAGAAUUGUCAUCAGGUCAACUGGUAGCUGUUAAAAAGUUCACCUCUUCUUCUUCAGAUGAUGACGACGAGAUUUCUGAUCCAGAAACUUUCAGAAAUGAAAUUCAAAUGAUGACAGAAGUGCGACAUCGAAACAUCGUGAAAUUGUAUGGAUUUUGUUCCCACGUGCGACACUCAUUUUUGGUAUAUGAAUAUGUAGAGAGAGGAAGCUUGGCUAAGAUCCUAAGCAUAGAUGAAGAAGCGGUGGACUUAGAUUGGACUAGAAGGGUUAAUAUCGUUAAGGGUAUAGCUCAGGCUCUAGCUUACUUGCACCAUGAUUGCUCCCCCCAAAUAAUUCAUCGAGACAUAUCGAGCAAAAAUAUAUUGUUAGAUUCAGACUUUAAGCCUCAUGUCUCAGACUUCGGCGUUAGUAGACUUCUAAAGCCUGAUUCAUCACUUUGGACAGCUUUUGCAGGAACAUAUGGAUAUAUUGCACCAAAGCUUGCUUACACAAUGAGGGCGACUGAAAAAUGUGAUGUCUAUAGCUUCGGUGUAGUAACAUUAGAAGUGAUAAUGGGAAAGCAUCCAGUAGAACUUAUCUCCACAGUGUCAUAUAUUGAUCAAAACAUAUGGUUGAUGGAUAUAGUUGACCGGCGCAUCUCACCUCCCACAAAUCAAGUUGCUGAGAAAUUGGUUUUGCUUAUGAAGCUGGCAUUUUCUUGUUUGCAUAAAAAUCAACAAUCUUGA